AUGAAUCUUAAAGGGAGAUUACAGGGGUUCGAGAUAAAGAUAAGUUCUAGUGGUCAAUGUAAUCAAACAGGAUUUACAUCAGCUACAUCAUGUUAUAAAGAUACAACAUCAACAAUACAAGAUAUAUAUACAAUAGAUAGAUGUAAUCAACCUACAUCAACUAGUAUAUCUGCUAGAACAGUAUAUGUCACUGUUUCAAGUCAACCACUUGCUUUAUGUGAAGUUCAGAUAUUUUCUGCUACACCCACAGUCAAUGUUGCUCUUCGUCAACAAUUAGUACAGCAGAGUUCUACAAACUAUGGUGGUGUUGCUUCUAGAGCUGUAGAUGGUGAUACUAAUAGUGAUUUUGAUAAUGGUAAAUCAUGUACUCAUACACUGGAAGUACGGUCUGGUUGGUGGUGUGUUGAUUUACAACAGUUGUAUUAUUUCAAUCAAAUUAUAAUAUAUAACAGACAGAACACAAGAUGGUGGGAUAGACUACAAGGAUUUGAGAUAAAGACAAGUUCUAGUGGUCAGUGUAGUGGACAAGGACUUCAAUUAGCAACAUCAUGUUAUAAAGAUACAACAUCAACAAUACAGUCUGUUUAUAAUGUAACUGGAUGUAAUCAAGGUUCAUCUACAUCAUUUUCUGGUAGAACUGUCUAUGUUAGCAGCAUUAACGACACCCUAACAUUGUGUGAAGUUGAAAUAUUUGCUGAUCUAGCACAAUGUAAUACUGGAUACUACCGUACAUCAAGUUCUACAUGUCAACCAUGUAAUACCUGCCUUAAUGACAGAUGUGAUCCUACAACUGGUGUGUGUACUGGAGAUUGUAAAACAGGUUUUUAUGGUACCAAAUGUCAACAGAGCUGUAAUGAAGGUUGUUUAAACAAUCAAUGUUCUAAAUCUGAUGGUAGAUGUACUGACUGUAAACCUGAUACAGUUGGUCAAUACUGUAACCUUACUUGUGGAACAGAAUGUCAACCAAGAACAGACCAAACCUUGGUCACAUGUGAUAGAACUGGUAGAUGUACUAACUGUAUUGUAGGAAGAUAUGGUGAUCGAUGUGACAUGAACUGUAAUACAGGAUGUAGUGGUGGAUGUGAUAGAGAUGAUGGUAAAUGUACAUCUUGUAUAAAAGGUAAAACUGGAGGCAAGUGUGAUAUCAACUGUAAUACUGAUUGUACUGUUUGUGACAGAGAUAAUACCAACUCUUGUACUGAAUGUAAAGAUGGAAGAUGGGGACCAUCAUGUAAUAAACUAUGUAGUAUUAACUGUAAAUCAGUAGUUGGUACAACUGUUGGUAAAUGUUAUCAGAUGACAGGAAAUUGUCUAAAUGGGUGUGUACCUGGUAAAAUAGGAUCUAACUGUACAACAGAUUGUGAAGCGGGUCGUUAUGGUGAAAACUGUGACAGUAAAUGUGGUAACUGUGCUGAUGAAACACCAUGUGAUAUCAUUACUGGUAGUUGUGGACUGGCUGGUUGUACUGAUGGCUUUCAAGGUCCCACUUGUCAUGAUAGUGUACUUCUCUGUGCAUGUACACCAUUAAGUCCUGUGGUAUAUGUUGUAAUUGGUCUGCUAUGUGGUAUACUAGGCUCAGUAGCGGUUUUUCUGUCAUAUCAUUUCUAUAAGAAAAGGCGUCAAUCUAAAAAGCCAAAAGAAGACAUUGUUCCUGAUUAUGUUUACAGUAAUACAGAUUUGAACCCGACUACUUCUACAACAGAUGAUACAUUAACCACUGGAUAUCAGAAUAUUCCAACUAAUACACGUAACGUAGACUAUGUAAACCAGUCGUUUAAUACAGAAGACAAUACGGGGAAUACGUAUGAUACAUUAGAUCACACAGUAGAUGAUACGCCUAAUACGUAUACAUCUAUAGAUUCUAACAAACUCAAAUAGAUGUAAUAAUGUAUAUUUUAUAUAAUUGUAUAAAACAUGAUUAUUACCUUUCUAUACGCCCACAUUUUCAUGUGGACGUAUAUGCCGUCACCCCUGUUCGUCCACAUAUUGGCAUGUAUCGGACCAUGACUUCAUGGAUUAUGGCCCCUGAUUGUACGAAAAAUCACGUUUUUAGCUCGUGGACACUCUAGCGGUCACCAUUUGCACGCUUAUAACCCAAAGAUCUUGGUUCGUUUCGAUAUUAGCGGAUAUCGGAUCGUAACUUUCUGAAUUAUGGCCCUUGAUUGUACGAAAAAUCGCGUUUUUACCUUGUGGUACCUCUAGAGAUUACAAUUAUUAUCUGAUUUCAAAAACCGUUCGAAUAUAUCACCGUCACACCGUAAUACUGGUCGAGUUCGAAUUUUGUGACAAUCGGGUCAAAACUGUCGAACCAAUUGGACGCCCCUCGUACGCAAAUAGUGUACAAAAUAUGGUAUAUCAGGGUUGUGGACCCUCUAGAGGCCAUAAUUUUUAUCCGAUUUUUAUGAAAUUUUAAAUCUAUUUUUAUAUCACAACGAUCAUGGUUCUUGUCGGUAAUCGCGCAUAUCUGAACGUAAGUUCCAGGGUUAUAGCCCCUGAUUGUUCGAAAAUCGCAUUUUAGCUUGUGGACCCGCUAGAAGACACAAUUUGUACUCAAUUUUAAAAAUAGUAUAAUUAUUUCGCCAUUACACAUUAAUGAUGUUUCUGGAUUAUGGCCCCUAAUUGUACGAAAAAUCGCUUUUGUUUUUAGACUGUUCUCUAUCCAUCCCUUGCAAAAUAUGGGCGUAUCUUGCCUGGCACCGCUCGUUAUAUUAUCGAGUUAUUACUUUAGUAUUUCUCGUAACAAGUUCAAGUAAAGAGUUAUUGAUUUAUUUUCCAUAUUAUGUGUCCCUUGUCUGUAGAUAUUUAAUGAUUGCCAUAUUAUUAUGUUUAAAGUACUGAAAAAUACAUUAUGCUAGAGAUAAAUCUGCCAAUUGCAGGUCUUUCUUUAGACCUGAAAUGUUAUCUAAAUUAUUAAUUAGACAUUAAUUAACUUAUCCAGACCAUAAUCAACUCUAGAUGUAAUUAACAGACUGUGGUAUUUACUGGAUGAGAACCUGGUCUGCUGCUGAUUAAAUAAAAAAAAUGGAUAAUCGAGACUAUGUUUUUUUACCGUACCCACUUUAGUAAUGGUGAUCGAGGCAAGGCCGAAAAUAAAUUCAAUCGCGUGGCUAAGUAGGUAGGACGCUGGCUCGCUAGCCUGGAGGUCGUGUGUUCGAUCCCUGCAUUGGCCGAGAAAGUUCAUCCAGAUUUUCCGGCGUGGUUCCCCCUUGCCAGUGAUGCAGGACGGAGGGCCUGAAAAGGACAGCUGUCCAGUCCUUCGGAUGAGCCGAAAAACCGAGGUCCCGUUUUAAUUGGAAUGCACGUGAAGGAUCCCCUGGCAGUUGGAAUUCGAUAUAAGAGUAGGCGAUAGUGCCGCUGCCCAAGCAAAAUUUCCCUCAUAGCACACUGUAUGGUGUAUGCCCGUCUUCAUUAGCCCAGUAUAGGAGCAGAACAGUAGGACGAUAAACCACAUUUCAUUUCAUUUCAAUCGCUAAAUUCUCGGUUCAGGGUGGAUCAAUUUGACUGAAAAUUUCCGCAAAUUCCCUUUACAUUAUCUAGUUUUUAACAUUUAUAGAGAGUACUGCAAGCUUUUUUAUAUAAUCUCCCAUAAUUUAUCUUUAAGGUAUUUCUAAUUAAAUUAAAUUAAAAUAUACCGUUAUGUUAUUGAAUUAAAUUAAAAAACACAGUUUUGGAAUUAUGUUAUCUAACUGUAUGAAUUAGAGGUCCUUAAUAUGUGUAUCUGAUCUAAUAAAUAGUAAUUAAUGUAUAUAUAUAUAUAUGACAUCUAAUAAAUACUGUUUUAUGUUUAUAUGUAUAUGCCAUACAAUUAAUACUUGACAGAUUACUAAUUGAUGUAUAUAAUGUACAUGUCGUGUAAUGAAUACUAAUUGAUGGAUAUAUGUAUAUCGAUGCGUUAUUGGCGAAGGAACAAUCAUGCCAAGUUGAAUGCUGAAGGAAAUGCAAUUUUCGGAGCCACGGGUGUAUUCGAAAUGCGUGGCCCCAAGAAUGACCAACAAGAAGUACACAACGAGUAGCUCUCGGGGGAACAGUUCCUGGUCUAACAAAAAUAAUAGAUAUUUAACAGGGGAUAUAUUUAUGUGCAGACCUAUGUCAAAUUCAUAAAUAAUUAUAUAAUUUAGCGAAUAAAAAGUUUGCAUGCUAGACAUAUUGAAUUUGGGGAAACAUUUAUAUGUAUCUUAUUUUUGUUUUUUACUAAAUUGUCAUGUUUUAUCACUUAAAAUUAUACUUUAUUGUUAUGUUUUACCAAUUAAAUUAAUUCUAUACUUACAGAUGAAUACGU